AUGGCUGCCCAGAAUGUUUCUUCAGAGAUCAUAGAAAGAGAACAGAAACAGUUGCUUGAAAUCGUCCAACAUGAUCCUGAUUCUAUCUUAGACAAGUUAACCUCUCAGAGGCUGAUUUCUGAGAAGGAGUAUGAGACUUUGGAGACUGUUACAGAUCCCCUGAAGAAAAGUCAGAAGCUUUUCAUUUUGGUAGAAAGUAAAGGAGAGGUGACCUGUCAGCAUUUUCUCAAGUGUUUGUUUAGUACUUUUCCAGAGUCAGCUGCCAUUUGGGGCUUAAGGCACGAAAUUUUAAAACUUGAGAAUGUAGUAUCUCCUCAGUCAAUGGAAGUAAGCGAGAAUUCAGAAGAUAUUUCCUCUUCUGGAAAGAAACAGUCGGAGAAUCCUGAGAUCAAAGAGAAAGAACACUUUGAUAUGGAAACCUCAGUGUUUUUCAGGGACAAGAAAACUAGUUAUAGGGAAACUGCUUUAUCCUCCAGGGAGAAUGAGAAGGAAUAUGACACACCGGAAGUCACAAUACCUUAUUCAGUUGAGAAAGUUGAAUAUGAAGCUCCAGCAACUAUUACAUACUUAAGGGAUGGGCAGAGAUAUGAUGAGCCAGAUGAUUCUUUAUACUUAGGCAAAGAGGAAUGUCUAGAAUCUGUUGAAUAUCCUGAAGAAGCAGAAGCUACUGUGGAAGAGGAGGAUUAUGAUGACCCAGAGCACACUGGAUAUGAUGCCCAAGAGGACUCUGAGUAUUCAGAAACCACGGAGUUCUCUGGUGAAGAAGAGAUUGACGAGGUUUCAGAAACCAUCAUUUCACUGGAGGAAGAACAGGAGAAAAGUAUGGAAGAAAACAAAAAAGUGUUUAAAGACAUCCUGUCAUGUUUGAACAUGGAUAGAAGCAGAAAGGUCCUGCCAGAUUUUGUGAAACAAUUCUCCUUAGAUCGAGGAUGUAAAUGGACACCUGAGAGUCCAGGAGACUUAGCCUGGAAUUUUCUGAUGAAAGUUCAAGCACUGGAUGUGACGGCCAGAGAUUCAGUCCCCAGGCACAGGGUUCUGGAUGAAGACGGCAAAGGGGAAUUGCUGGCUGGAGUGGAGAAUUUAGAAAUUCAAGAUGUACAAACCAUUAAUCCUCUUGAUGUCCUUUGUGCCUCCAUGCUGUGUUCAGAUAGCUCUUUGCAACGUGAAGUCAUGUCAAACAUGUAUCAAUGCCAGUUUGCUCUUCCCCUGCUACUGCCAGAUGCAGAAAACAACAAAAGCAUCUUAAUGCUGGGAGCCAUGAAGGACAUUAUGAAGAAGCAGUCCACACAGUGCUCAGGAGGGCCUAGUGGGGAUGCAGAAACAUUUCUGAUUCUCAUGAAGAUGCCUGUCAUUUCUUUUGUGCGUCUAGGACACUGUAGCUUCUCCAAGUCCAGAAUCCUCAACACACUGCUCAGGUCUACCCAGACAAAAUCACACAGAAUCUUUCUCCAUAAAGAUGUGCCAGUUCUGGUGCCUCCCCGGCAAAUUUCUGAUGGUCUGGUUGAGAUAACGUGGUGUUUUCCUGAUAGCGAUGAUCUAAGGGAAAACCAUAGUUUUUUCCAAAAGCCUGUUGCUGUGGCUAACCUUCGUGGAGAUCUGGAAAGGUUUUGGAUUCAGUUUGGCUUUUUGAUGGAAGUUUCCUCAGCAGUAUUUUUUUUCACUGACUGCCUAGGUGAGAAGGAAUGGGACUUGCUAAUGUUUUUAGGAGAAGCAGCCACUGGAAGAUGCUACUUUGUUGUUAACUCCCAAGCCAGGGAAAGUGAAGAAGCUCAGAUUUUCCAGAGGAUACUGAAUUUGAAGCCAUCACAGCUUUUAUUUUGGGAGGGAGAGGAAGCUGGGGAUGAGAGGAAGAAUAUGGAGGGCCUUCAAGCUGCCCUCCAGGAAGUAAUGCUGUCCUCUUCCCUCAGGUGUGUGUCUGUGGAGGACAUGGCCUCCCUGGCCAGGGAGCUAGGGAUUCAGGUAGACCAAGAUUUUGAGAACCCCCAAGGAAUUCAAGUUUCUUCUAGUGAAAACAUGGCUGGACCAGUUGAAAGUGCAGAGCAAUAUAGUCAGGCAAAAAGCUCACCUGAAAGCCAGGCUCCAAUGCCUAUAAGAGAGCCUGGGGCUAGAUGUAAGGUCAGCCAGAAUCUUCAGAAUUUCCACUACACUCCAGUAUUCAAACCUCUUCCAGAAAUCUCCUGUCCCCUCCCAGCCAGAAGUGGAGGUAAACUUAACCAUGUUUUCUUGAAAUCUUCCUGGUUUAUGGGCUGCCAUUUUGGGUCAGAGCAGAGAUCUCCUAUGACCUUUCAGAAUGCAAGGACCCAGAGUCGAGGUAAAAGUGUUGGUAUUCAAUCUUUCCAACCCCAGAGAUUUUAUACAGGUGAAAGAUUCAUGAAAUCUUCAAGAACUGCUCGGGGACAUCACUCUAAUGGAACAUUUGGGAGACCACCAAGAUCCAUUUCACAACGUGUACAGGCCUGUCCAGAGAGAUCACAAACAAUAGGAACCCUUGAAAGGUCUGGGGCAGUAGUCUCCCAGGUAGUUCCUUCCUAUUCUUUGGAUUCACAGCCAGCAGGAGCAGUACGAAGGCCACAGCCGAGGCAAGCCUGCGUCCAGGGAACACAGCUAACUGAAGGAACUGGAAAAGGUAUGAGAAUGACAUUCCAUACUGAAGAUCCCCACCCUCAAUCCUUUCAGCCAGCAGGAGCCAUAAAAAAACUAGUAAGACCUGCUUCUCAGCAAGAAGCCCAGCUGAAGACACAGGCUUCAAAUCCAGCUUCCCAAACAGCGUCUCAUCCCAUGUCCAAGAGCUCUCAGUUCAAAUCCAAUCAACCUAAGCCAUCCCACGCCAAACACUCCCAGCACAAAUCCUUACAACCUGUUCCCUCUCAAUCGAAGCCUUCUCAGACAAAACCCCCUCAGUCCCAGCCUUCACAAACUAAACCGUCUCAAUCCAAAUCUACUCAGCCCAAGCCAUGCAAGUCCCAGUCUUCCAAAUCUAAGCCUUCUCAGUCCAGACCUAGUCAGCCUAAAUCAUCCCAGACCAAUAAUUCUCAGGCCAAGGCAUACCACUUCAAACCAGGGCCUAAGAGGGGAGGAAAGCGUUAA